AUGAAUAAAUUGCACUUAAUUGUUGGCAUUUUAUAUUUUUUAAAUCGAUUUGUCUUUAAUUAUGGCUAUACUGUGGAUACGGUAAAAUUGGAUGUGUUUGAUGAUAAGUUUCAAGCCUCGAUACCAAAUGAUCCCGACAUCAAAUGGGUGGCUUUCAAUGUCAACAUCAACAAAGCCUUUAAAUCAUUCGAAGCUGGCCAGCUAUCCGGUUUGGUCGGUAUGCCCAGAGACAACAAGUGGUCACAUGAAUUUACACGUUCCCUCUCCGAUAUGGAUAUUAUUUAUAUUUGGUUGGCCAUACAACAUGAUCGUGUUAUAUUUCGUGAUAAACAAGGACCAUUUUCGGUUGCUGCCAUACGACGGGGUGAUUCGAAUAUAAUGGCCAUUACAACGUCUUCAACAACAACCACAACGACGACCACGACAGCAUCACCUCCACCAUCUCCAAUUGAAGUUGGUAAUAAUCGUGUAGAUGCUACUACCGAACAGACCGAAAAUUGUUAUGCCUCACAAACGGAAUUGCCCCAUGGAAAUAAUAAACAUUGUAAGGGUGAUCUGCUCUUUGAAGAGACUUUUGAUUCCCGCCUUGAUGAGAAUCGUUGGACAAAUGAAGUACGUAUACCCAUAAGGACGACAGAUGAUGAAUUUGUUAUGUACAAUGGAACUGCGUAUGUGGAUAAUGGUAUAUUGAGAAUAACUCCAACGCUGUAUGGCGGAUCGAUUAAUAUAGAUAAUAUUAAUUUGGGCAGUAGAUGUACCGACAUAUAUGACAAAUGUCAUCUACAAGCUAGGCCCAAUUUCUAUAUACCACCCAUAGUAUCGGGCCGUAUAAAUACAAGGAAAUUUUUCAAUUUUAAAUAUGGAAGGAUUGAAGUAAGGGCAAAAGUACCCAAAGGAGAUUGGUUGGUACCAUUACUGAUGCUCCAGCCAAAUGCAAAGCGAUAUGGUAAUAGCGGUUAUAAAAGCGGUGAAAUACGCAUUGCUUUUGUUCGUGGCAACACACAGCUGAAAUGGAAUAGUUUAGAUAUUGAUGGUUCGUAUUUAUAUGGUGGUGCCAUUGUUAAUUCUGAUGCCGAUCUUAGACAUCAAUUUAUGGCCAACACAACAUUGGAUGAUGUUAACGGUGCUAAAGAACAUUUUGGCAAUGCUUAUCAUGUCUACUCAUUGAUUUGGAAACCAACAGAGUUACUGUUGUCUGUCGAUGGUUAUCAAUAUGGUCGUAUUAAAACGGAUUUUAAAAAUUCGAUACAAGAACCGUUUUUCAUAACCUUGGGCUUGUCAGCUGGUGGACAUGGUGAUUUUCCUUUGGAUGUUGCAAAUAAACCCUGGAAGAAUACCGAUCCAAAGGCGGCAUUACGUUUCAAUGAAAAACGCAAUGAAUGGUCCAGGACAUGGGAACAACCUUCCUUGGAAGUGGAUUAUGUAAGGGUGUAUGCCAUUUAA